AUGGCCGCCACAGCUACGCGACUUUCAACACUCCUUCCGGCUUCUAAACGGACCUGGAGUCGACCACUGCGCUGCUCCAGGCCCGCUCUUAGCUUUACAUAUCUCCAGACUCCAUCAUAUUAUUCCAGACGUUCUUGGUCGACAUCGGGUCCAUUGUACAAUGCGAGUGCUGAGACGGCCUCGGCCGAGAACCGCGCUUUUGACGUCCUUCUCAACGAUAGCGGUCCCUCAUCUGUCAUUGGGAGCAUUGAUUCUGACUUGGACAUUGAACUGCCCUCUAGUGUCUUCGAGGAGCGUUCUAGUCAACCCGUAUUAAUCAAUAUACCACCCCAGCAGGAUCCUUUACUUGAAUUUCUUGCAUCACGGCUCAUGAACCACGGCCACCGAGCUAAAGCUACCCGAAUCGUCUCGCGCACACUUCUCAAUAUUCACGCCUAUACCCGAGCUCCUCCUUUACCCAUUUUGCGCGAGGCUAUUUUCGCUUUAGCACCAGCUGUGCGUCUGCUGAAACAUCGGCAUUCUACAAAAACGAUCUAUAGGCCGGUCGCAUUGAGCGAGAAACAGGGUAUAUGGUUUGCGGUGCAUUGGUUAUUGAAAGAAUGUGAAGGACGACAAGGUGGUCCGAUGAUUGAGGAAAGGCUGGCCCGAGAGAUCAUAAAAAUUGUGAAAGGUGAAAGUAAAACCUUGGAAAAGAAGGAGGAAAUGCACAAAAUGGCUAUGGUCAACCGUGGAAACAUUGGGAAUAGAACUCGAUAG